GUAGACUAGUGCAGCGGUAUGAAGGCUCCAGGCCGAUCAGUGACAUCACUUAUCCUAACACUGCCAGGCUUAGGUAAACACUGGUCAUGUUUAUUUUAUAUAUACUACUAAAACUCUAUGUACACUGAACAAGUGACAGGAGACAUCAAGUGUGCAAGCCAAGUUUACUUUUCAAAAUUACAGGAUAAGUGAAAAAAGUGACGUUUCUACACUGCAAACUAACUACAGUCAUUAUAAUGGACCUGCCAGGUUUACUUAGCCAGCACAGCUAGUACAUCAUUGACACUUACAAUGGACACUUUCAAUUAAAACAUUGGAGAAUGUCCAGCAGUUAAGUGAUUCCAAACUUCAAAGGACACCACUCUACAGACAAAAUUAAAUCUUAGCCAAUAGUUAUUCCUACGCACGAUUAAAAGGAAUCUGGAGUCAAUAGCUUCCACCUUGUUCCCCUUAGGAAAUUUGAUGUUAAAUUGAUUGGUGAUAUGAGAAGUGAAACACGAUAAAGUAUGGGCCGCCUAUCAUAACGUGCAGAGAUACGAUCUAAACGGCUGUAUGAAAGUUACACGAUUUCACUCGGAUAGUGAUUCCAGCAAGACAGGACAAAGGAAGGCUUGUGUCCAUGUUAAACUUUCCUCGCAGAUGACCAGAACAUUGGUACAGGUGGAUAUAUAUAUAAGCCAGGCUGGUUAGAGCUUCGUGGAUUACCCAACUAGAACGAGCACAAUCACCCACAGGUAAAAGCACUUGAGGAGAAAGUUAUUACACUUGGAAAUUGAUUUGCAAGGAAAGUGACAGGUUAUUGACUGUUGACAAACACACCUAAUCCGUUGUUGUACUAAGGUGGGAAAAUAGCAACUGUCUCCCCUCCUCAGACGUCAGUAACAUACCUACACCCUCGGUGAACAAUAGACAUAAUGGCACCUUAUCAUCAUACUUAGUGGACUGGUGCAAUAUUUAGCCAGAGAAUUACAUUUUGACAUAUUCAUGUUUUAUUUUGUGGUAAUGCAAGUGUAGGACAUUAAACUAUACCUUCAACACUUUAAAGGGAACUGCUGUAAAAAUUAUUCAGAUAUAUUCUGAUAUGUGUUAUUUAAAAGUGACAAGCUGUGACUAUGCAAGGAUUUAAUUGCUAUAAGAAAAGGAUAACGUAUACCUGUUAUACCGUGGAUGAUUAUUGUUGUACGGAGGAUUUACUAGUCGGAUGACAGGUGAGCGUAGGAGUGGACCAAAGUUUGUGAUGAUAUACAGUCAUGUAUGAAGUGUUCUAAUCGUUUGUGUACUAGAUAGAUCUAAAACAGACGGGUAGAUAUCUGUAAGUACCUCUCUAGAGAACCAUAACAACUUAUCCACACAACACGAUGCUUCAGUGCCAGCCAUAAACAUCUCCAGUAAGAGUUUACAACCCUUGACAACCAGUCUUACUGGUCAGAAUCCACAAUAGACUGGCAUUUCUACAUAUAAGGUUUCCUCAAUAAAAGUGGAAGGGAUUUGUAUAUUACUGAAUGAUACAAACUACAGUCUACUACAGUGUGUUAACAAGCACUUUGAUAAACAGCAAAAACGGUAAAUAUUCACUGUGUUACCAUUGGGCUGCAUUGACUGGAGACUCAACCAUUAUGGUGGAGAAUAUUCAUUUUGAAUACUGACUUCCAAACUUUAUGGUGGAGAAUAUUCAUUUUGAAUACUGACUUCCAUAUUUUUUAUGUUUUGAAAUUAUGACUUGCAAAAAUUCUGGAUUUGAUUCUUAAGUUUUUCUUAGAAUUGUGUGGAUUAUGACCUACCUGAUGAAGAACUACGCGGAACUUGAGGCUGGUUCUGAGGCACUAGUCAAGGCUAUUGUUCUGGGGGAUGAGGAUGAUAUAGUUAAUGUGAUGAAUAAGUAUGACCAAUACUGUCCUGAGAUAUUUACCACCAUCACAGCUAAAGGCACCACGGCUCUUCACUGUGUGGCCCAACGUGUACGACCACAGAUACUACGCAUCAUGUUGGAGUUGGGCGUGGAUAUCAACAGUCGAGACAAUGACGGUGAGACACCAUUACUCAAGUCUAUUCUAUAUAACAAUUUGGCUACAUCCAAAAUACUCAUAGACCAUGGAGCUGAUGUCAACCAGACCGUGUGCCACAAGAGUGGUAACACCUUGUUACAUAAACUGAUCCUGGGCGACCGUUUAAAGGCGGUGGAGAUGCUGGUAGAACGCGGAGCAGCCAUUAACACUGGUGAUAAGACUGGGCGAUCUUCAUUCCAUAUGUCGCUACUGAAGAACAAUUUAAAGAUGACCUCAUUUCUGAUUGAAAAGGGUGCUGAUGUGAAUUCCAGUGACAAUUCUGGCAGGAAUGCUCUUCAUAUGACUAUUGGGUAUAAACAUCCUGAACUGACAAAACUACUGAUAUCAAAAAAUGCGGACGUUAGUAGCAAGGACCGUACGGGGACUACUCCCCUACAUCUGUCAGUGUCGGAGGGCUACUUGGACGUGGUGAAACUGAUUCUACGUCGGAGCCAAGCCAAUGUCAACACCAAAGAAAAGUUAAUGGGAAGGACACCUCUCCAUAUGGCAUGUGCAAUAAGUCAUUAUCCGAUUACUAGACUACUCAUUGACAAUGGUGCUGAUGUAAACCUGACCACAACUUUUCGCAAAUCAGCCUUGCACCUAGCCACAACAAAUGGUUCAGCGGACAUAACCUCUCUACUACUAAAGCAAGCUGCCAAUGUGAACAUGUUGACUAUUGGCAACAAAACACCCCUACAUAAUGCUAUAGACUCUGGUAACGUCAGUGUGACAGGUCUCCUCCUUCAGUAUGGUGCUAACAUAAACCUCCGUGAUCUCCAAGGCUCAACACCCCUCCAUUAUUCAGCACGAAUCGGAAAUACAGACUGUAUGCGACUCCUGCUACGGUGCGGCGUUAACAUCAAUAGUUAUGACAACAAACAGAGAACAGCUCUCCACUCGGCCGUCAUCAAUGGUCACAAAAAUGCAGCGAUGUGUCUCGUACAUGGCGGUAUCAAUAUAGCAACAGUGGACGAGGAAAAUAGAGUAGCUACUGACUACGACAAAUCGGGAGAAAUAAAAACUCUGGUGAAAAAAGUGUACGCUGACUGAAGUAUGAGAUAACCUACUGAUAUACAGUAUGUUAAUUGACUAUGCGGUAUACGGAAAUAGUGCUAUUUUCAUGGAAAACUAUAGAUGUGUGACUUCAAUCUGAGAAUGGACAAUGCUUAACAAAUUUCAUCUCGGACUUCACAAUAAGCACAUUAUUUUUACAGCAGUGUUUCACUUGCUAAGAAAUUUGUAGUACAGUUGCUGUUGUAGAUCUAUAGAAUCUGGAAGUGAAACUCCUCAAAAAUGUUUUCAAACCAAUUUUUAGUGCAAAUAUUACUUUCUCUGUGAUAUUUAUAAGUUUUGUGUGAAAAUUCAGGUGCUUUAACUUAUUGUUCACAUUGAUUAAAUCAGAAAAAAUUGUA